GGGGAAUGUGGGUGUAUGCGGGCAGGGAGGGCCGGGCCGGGCCUGCAGCGGGGCCUGUUGCUGCUUGCCGCGUGCAGCGGGAGCAGCGCCAGCCGCAGCCAGCCCGGCGGCCCCGUUCCCAGAGAAACUGCCAGCCUGGGCUCUUCAUUGGCGCCCCUGCCUCUCACCUGGCUCCUCCGUGGCACAGACUCAUUUGUGAACAGCCAGGAGUGGACCCUGAGUCGCUCGGUGCCUGAGCUGAAGGUGGGCAUUGUGGGGAACCUGUCCAGUGGCAAGUCAGCGCUGGUGCAUCGCUACCUGACCGGCACCUACGUGCAGGAGGAGUCUCCAGAGGGUGGCCGCUUUAAGAAGGAGAUCGUGGUGGAUGGUCAGAGCUACCUGCUGCUGAUUCGAGACGAAGGGGGCCCCCCUGAGCUCCAGUUUGCUGCCUGGGUCGAUGCAGUGGUGUUUGUCUUCAGCCUGGAGGAUGAGAUCAGCUUCCAGACCGUCUACAACUACUACCUGCGGCUCUGCAGCUACCGGAACACGGCGGAGGUGCCCAUGGUGCUGGUGGGCACACAGGAUGCAAUCAGUGCCACCAACCCGCGCGUCAUCGACGACUCCCGCGCUCGGAAACUCUCCAACGACCUGAAGCGCUGCACCUACUACGAGACCUGUGCCACCUACGGCCUGAACGUGGAGAGGGUCUUCCAGGAUGUGGCUCAGAAGGUGGUGGCUCUCCGCAAGAAGCACCAGCUGUCCAUCGGCCCCUGCAAGUCCCUGCCCAACUCACCCAGCCACUCGUCUGUUUCUGCAGCCUCCAUCCCUUCUGUGCACAUCAACCAGGCCACCAACGGCGGAGGAGCCUUCAGUGACUACUCCUCCUCGGUGCCCUCCACGCCCAGCAUCAGCCAGCGGGAGCUGCGGAUCGAGACCAUCGCUGCCUCCAACACGCCCACGCCCAUCCGCAAGCAGUCCAAGCGGCGCUCCAACAUCUUCACGUCUCGGAAGGGCGCGGACCCGGAGCGCGACAAGAAGGUGCCGGAGUGUAAAGCGGACAGUAUUGGCAGCGGGCGGGCCAUUCCCAUGAAGCAGGGCAUCCUCCUCAAGCGCAGCGGCAAGUCCCUCAAUAAGGAGUGGAAGAAGAAGUACGUGACCCUGUGUGACAAUGGGGUGCUCACCUACCACCCCAGCCUGCACGACUACAUGCAGAACGUGCACGGGAAGGAGAUUGACCUGCUGAGAACCACGGUGAAGGUGCCGGGCAAGCGGCUGCCCAGGGCCACGGCGGCAGCGCCCGGCGCCAGCCCCAAGGCCAACGGGCUGAACAAGGACAGGAGCAGCUCUCAGCUGGCAGCAGGCACAGGUGCUCCCCACUCCACCAGCAGCACGUCCCUGCACUCGGAGCGCUCCCUCAGCGGCGUCAGCCUGGUGGGCUUCAGCUGCAAGGACGGGAUGCACCAGCGCUCCUACUCCGUGUCCAGCGCCGAGCAGUGGAGCGAGGCCGUGCCCGGCCCCGGCGGCUGCCCCAACCCCGCUAACGGUGCUGCUGACUCACUCAGCUCCAGCCCAAACAUUUCCAGUGCUGCCAGCCCAAAGCUGGAGCCGCCUCCGUCCCCACAUGCCAACAGGAAAAAGCAUCGCAGGAAAAAGAGCACGGGGACACCUCGGCUUGACGGCCCCAGCACGGCAGCAGAAGAACCAGAUGAGCCAUUUGAGUUCAUUAUCGUGUCACUGACGGGCCAGACGUGGCUCUUUGAAGCCUCCACAUCAGAGGAGCGGGAGCUCUGGGUGCAGGCCAUUGAGAGCCAGAUCCUGGCCAGCCUGCAGGGCUGUGAGAGCACCAAAAACAAGGCUCGGCUGGGCAGCCAGGGCGACGCGCAGGCCAUGCAGGCCGUCCGCACCGCGCGCGGGAACAGCUUCUGCGUGGACUGCGACGCUCCCAAUCCAGACUGGGCCAGUCUGAACCUCGGUGCUCUCAUGUGCAUCGAGUGCUCCGGGAUCCACCGCAACCUGGGCACCCACUUGUCCCGUGUGCGCUCCCUGGACCUGGACGACUGGCCCAGCGAGCUCCUCAUGGUCAUGACGGCCAUCGGCAACGCACUGGCCAACGCCGUCUGGGAGGGAAUGGUGGAGGGCUACCCCAAGCCCACGCCGGAGAGCAGUCGGGAGGAGAAGGAGCGCUGGAUCCGGGCUAAGUACGAGCAGAAGCUGUUCCUGGCCCCCCUGCCCCAGUCUGACAUCCCGCUGGGGCAGCAGCUGCUGCGGGCCGUGGUGGAGGAUGACCUGCGCCUUGUGGUGACGCUGCUGGCCCAUGGCACCAAGGAGGAGGUGAACGAGACCUACGGAGAUGGCGACGGGCGCACAGCGCUGCAUCUGUCCUGCGCCAUGGCCAACGUGGUGUUCACACAGCUGCUCAUCUGGUACGGCGUGGACGUGAAGAGCCGGGAUGCUCGGGGCCUGACCCCACUGGCCUACGCCCGGCGAGCGGGCAGCCAGGAGUGCAUCGACAUCCUGCUGCAGCACGGCUGCCCCAGCGACAGCGCGGCCACGCUGACCCCCAGCCUGCAGCGCCGCAACGCCAACGCCAACAACAACGCCUGCGCCGCGGCGCCGCCGGAGCUCAGCGCCAGCCCCAGCACUGCCUAGCCCCGCCGGCUCCCCCGCCACCGCAGGCUGCCCCUGGCCAGUGCAGGCUGCCCCCGGCCAGUGCAGGCCGCCCCUGGCCAGUGCAGGCCACCCCUGACCACUGCAGGUUGCCCCCAGCCACUGCAGGCUGCCCCUGGCCACCGCAGGCUGCCUCUGGCCACCGCAGGCUGCCCUCCGGCCAGUGCAGGCCACCCCUGGCCACCACAGGCCGCCCCUGGCCACCACAGGCUGCCCCCCAGCCCUACCGGGGCCUCUCUGGGCAGCUCUGCAGAGCCGGUGCUGGCAGCUUUGGAGGGGCUCCCACAGAAUCACUGGGGUGGUUGCAGUGCACCCCGUUCCCUGACCGGUACAUGCAUGGGCAGGCGGUUUCUGCUGCCCCCCACACACACAUCUGUAGAUGCAGCAGGGGCUGGGGGCAGCUCAGGUGUGCAGCCCCCCUGCACAGCAGCACCGGGGGGCUGGUGGCUGCAGCUGCUCCCUGGGGCAGGUCAGUUUGGGCACUGCACAGUUUGGCCUCAGCACAGCCCCGGGGCAGGGUUAGGGGCAGCAGGGGUGCCUGUUUCUCCAUUGCACCCCGUGCUCCUCUGCUGCUGCUGCUGCUGCAGGAGGGGUGCACGCACCAGUGCUGCUGCCCGUGUGCUGAUGCAGGCGUGGCAUCUCCCCAGCACAGCCCCUGGACAAAGGCCUCCCCAGCUCUGUCUGUCUGUCUGUCUGUCUGUCUGUAGAGUCACUGUCCUUCCAGGUUCAAGCUCCAAGCCAUACACAGUGUCUCCAUCAGAGCCUCCCGCUGCUGCCCAGGUGGGGCUGGUCUCCAGCUGAGCAAGAGGAGGAGAGGAGCAUCUCUCUGCAUUGGGGUCAAGCCUCUGGCUGAAUGCUGGAACCUCAAGGCUUUGGACACUGCUAUGGAAUGUCUCUGUCACUUGUGUAUAAAAUGUACAUUGGAAAUAUUUAUAUGGACACUCUGUAUAUAUGGUUUCUUUUCCAUGAGUUGCCCUGUGUGUGUUAUCUGCAGCCAAGGAGAAAAAGGCCAAUAAAGCAACCCACCUCCUGCCAGGCCAGCGUCUCAGUGUGC